UCACACCAGGAAGUAGCUUGCUGCAGCUUGAGUCAGGCAGCCGUGCUGUUGCAGAAUGUAAUAUGGGGAAGUGUGUGUUUGUCACAGUGGGAACAACAAGCUUUGAUGAUCUGAUCUCCUGUGUGUCUGCUGAACACAACAUUACAAUCUUCAGAAAACUUGGCUAUAACAGACUAGUCCUACAGAUUGGCAGGGGAGAUGUGGAACCCAAACCAUUUACUACAGCUAAUUUCACCUUGGAUGUUUUCCGAUACAAAGACUCGCUGGCAGAAGACAUUAGGAACGCUGACCUAGUUAUAAGCCAUGCUGGAGCUGGAAGCUGCUUAGAAACCCUUGGAGAUGGUAAACCUCUGAUAGUUGUGAUUAAUGAAAACCUGAUGUCCAAUCACCAACUGGAACUAGCACAACAGCUUCAUAGAGAUGGGCAUCUUUACUACUGCACAUGCAGAACCCUAGGGGACACUUUACAAACGAUGGAUCUCUCAACAUUAAUAGAAUUUCCUCCAGGACACCCAGAGAAUUUCGCUGCAUUUUUAGAUAAAGUUGCAGGAUUUAAAUAAUAUGUACAUUUGUUUUUCUUGUUGUUUUCUUAUGGCAAUUGUUAUGUUUAAUAAUAAAGCUAUUUUAUGCACCA